AUAGCACUAGCUUUUGGAGUCCAGUCAGUUACAGGUAAGAUUAUGGAGAUUCAAGAGUACAUUUCUUGCUGCAGUAUUUGGAUAGAUUUUUACAUGCUCCACCAGGCGUGCAACAAAACAAAAUAACAACUGCAAAUCCUUGUUGCAGCCCUUCUCACCUCAGCGUGAAGGCACGAUCAGGCUACAAUUCCAGAACAAACCUAAAAUGGCCAGUUCCAUUUUCUCUGUGUAACGAACUCCGUUUCCUUCACACUGAUCCCUCUUUGUAAUUCAGCAGAUCUCCCAGUGCAUCCCGCAAGUGUCAGAUGGAUGGGAGGAAUGAGAGCAGGAUGACCCAAUUCAUCCUCCUAGGACUGACAGAUGGCACGGAGCUGCAGGUCCCUCUCUUCUUCAUCUUCUCAGUGAUCUACACCAUUGCUGUGCUGGGGAACCUUGGCAUGAUCGUUUUGAUUUGGACUCACCUCCAGCUUCACACUCCCAUGUAUUUCUUCCUCGGUAAUUUGUCUGUGAUCGACCUCUGCUCUGCUACUGUCUUUGCUCCAAGGAUGCUGGGGAACUUCUUUGCACAGAGCAAAGCCAUUUCCUAUUCUGCGUGCCUUUCCCAGACUUUCUUUUUUGUUGUUUUCAUCACCACGGAGGUGUUCUUGCUAACGGCAAUGGCGUAUGACCGUUACGUAGCCAUCUGUAGCCCCCUGCUCUAUAGCACUGUUAUGACCAAGCGAGUCUGUAUGCAGUUGGUGGUGGGAUCAUACAUGGGGGGACUCCUGAACUCGCUGACACACACCUGCGGCUUGCUGGGGCUGCCGUUCUGUGGCCCCAAUGUCAUCAAUCAUUACUUUUGUGACAUCCCUCCCUUGCUGCAGCUUGCAUGCUCGGAUACCCAUCGUAAUGAGACUUUGCUGUUAGCUUUCUCUGCGGUUAUUGCCCUGUUUACUCUCUUUGUCAUCACUGCUUCCUAUAUGCUCAUCCUAUCUGUCAUUCUGAAGAUCCAGUCAGAUGAUGGCAGGAAGAAAACCUUCCACACUUGUGCCUCUCACCUGACAGCCAUCACCAUUUUCUUUGGAUCCCUUGCUUUUAGCUACAUCCAGCCCAGCUCCAGCUACUCAAUAGAGCAGGAGAAAGUCUCAGCAGUCUUCUACACGCUCCUGGUCCCCAUGCUGAACCCCUUGAUCUACAGCCUGAGAAACAAGGAGGUGAGGAGCAGCUUCAGAAGGACAUUUAGGGUGCGAGAGCUUUUCCACUAG